CCUAAUUGAAAGAAAUUUAGCUUACAAAAUUGCUAGCAGAAAGUAAAUAAAAUUGAUUAGUUGGUCUUUCUUCAUCCUAUUCAAAACUUCUAGAUGAAUACCCCAACCAACAACAAUAUCAAUAAAAUUCUUAUUUAUAUGAUCAAAAUUUAAUUUACCUUACAACAUGUAAUGGAAGAAAUUCAUGCAACAUUUUUCAAAUGCAUAAGUUGGCAAAUGGAAGAAAAUUUUGAUACAAUCAAUUGUCCUUACCAUUAUGUUUGUGACAAAACCUACCCUCCAAAUUACCCUCUUUUUGUUGAUAUCUUAGUCCUUCUCUUCACAACAUGUUCUUAUUUUUUCACUCUUGUAAUUGUGAUUAUGAAUAUCAUCUCAAGAAAAGAAAAAAUAUUUUUGAUUCAAUCAAAAAGGUUUCUUUUACCUUCUGGUCCUAUAUCUCUUCCACUUAUAAUCUUAAUCUUUGCAAAGGGUCAUCAAAUCAACACAAUUUUCCCACUUUCUUGUUUCGGUCCGGCGAUUCUUCUAUUGGUUCUGAUUUCUUCAUUAUCCUUUGAUAAUGAAGAUGAUUAUAAUGAUAUUAAGUACACUUUCUUUGCAGCAUCAACCGUUUCUGGAAUUUUGCAUGCAAGUUUAUAUUUGGAUUCGGUUGUGUUACCUUAUUAUACCGGUUACGACGCGUUGAUGUCUUCGACACUUUCGGGUGAAUGUGCUACAUGUGUUUGUAGGAAAGAAGCUUUGGUUGUUGGAGGGAAAUUAGUGAAGUACAAAGGUUGGUCAAUGACAACAUUUUUUGUUGUUGGUGUUCUUUGUUUGAGGAUUUUAUGUAAAAUAUAUGGAGAAAAUGUUGGGAAAUUUGUGUCUAGGAUUAAAGUGUUGAUGGAAAGGUUAAGUUGGGUUUUAAUAAGUUUGGAUUGUGUUUAUUUGAUGGUAUAUUUACCACAAGAAAGAGUAAUGUUGAGAGUUGUUGUUUUUGGAGGUAUAUUUGUUUUGAUUUUGCUUCAUGUCCUCAAAGAGGCUUGUAGUCAAAUUUACAUGAUGGUUUAUGUGGUUGAAAAUUUGAGAUUGGCAUCAAUGUCAACACCAAUUCAAACAGCUUAACAAAAAAAAUUGUAAUGUCAAAACCAAAAUGGAUUUUAGGACAUCAAAAUCAAAAUUGUAAUAUAUAUACAAAUUGAGUCUUUGUUUUUUCUUGA